AGUGCAACGCAAAGGCAAAGAGGUCAAGGGGAGGAGAAUACCACGUGUGAUCAGCACCAUGUACAGCACUGUCCUUACCCCCCCUGUAUACUUGUUUCUGUAAGCUUGUACCCUUCGCAUGUAGCCAGCUAGCCGGAGAAGCAGAUCUAUUUUUCUAUUUCUUCUGCAGACUCGCUUCUUAUCAGGCAACGCGACUGGAAGGGAUUUCUGUUGCAACACUGACUCCCGAACAUGGUGAGCAAGACAGAUGACAUCCCGGCGUCAGUGCCCGACUGUAAUCCGGCCGAUCUUGCGGAUGAAGCGGGCGAUGGAGCCCAGGACGGCAAAGAAACCAGCAAGACAUGCGUGAAGGAUUCCUGCGGCUGUGGGCCCAGUGCAGAUACAGCCAUGGUGAACGGUGACGGGGCCCACGAGCACACUGGGGAGGCGGAUUCCAAGCGGGACGGGAGCAGCGAGACGGACGGAGGAGAGGAUUCUAACGAGCAGGAAGUGAUUGUCAUCCAGGACACUGGCUUCACCGUCAAGAUCCAGGCGCCUGGAACCGAGCCGUUUGAUCUGCAGGUCUCUCCCCAGGAGAUGGUUCAGGAGAUCCAUCAGGUGUUGAUGGACCGGGAGGACACCUGCCACCGCACCUGCUUCUCCCUGCAGCUGGACGGAAACGUGCUGGACAACUUUGCUGAACUCAAGUCCAUCGAGGGCCUGCAGGAGGGCUCCCUGCUCAAAGUGGUGGAAGAACCGUACACUGUGCGCGAGGCUCGCAUCCAUGUGCGCCACAUCAGAGACCUGCUGAAGAGUCUGGACCCCUCUGACGCCUAUAACGGAGUGGACUGCAACUCCCUCUCCUUCCUCAGCAUCUUCACCGAUGGAGACCUCGGAGAUAGUGGCAAGCGAAAGAAAAAGGGCAACGAGCUGGAGCAGAUCGACUGCACCCCUCCGGAGCACAUCCUGCCUGGCAGUAAAGAUCGCCCCCUGGUUCCCCUGCAGCCACAGAACAAGGACUGGAAACCUAUGCAGUGCCUGAAGGUCCUGACCAUGAGCGGCUGGAACCCUCCACCUGGCAACAGGAAGAUGCACGGCGACCUCAUGUACCUGUGCAUGGUGACGGUGGAGGAGCGCCAUGUUAGCGUCACCGCCUCUACGCGCGGCUUCUACCUCAACCAAUCUACUACUUACAACUUCAACCCUAAGCCAUCCAAUCCCAGCUUCCUAAGCCAUUCUCUGGUGGAGCUGCUGAGCCAGAUCAGCCCUGCCUUCAAGAAGAACUUCACUGCCAUGCAAAAGAAAAGGGUCCAGAGACACCCGUUCGAGAGGAUAGCCACACCGUUCCAGGUGUACAGCUGGACCGCUCCGCAAGUAGACCACGCCAUGGACUGCGUGCGAGCUGAGGAUGCCUACACCUCCCGCUUGGGUUACGAGGAGCACAUUCCUGGACAGACCAGAGACUGGAACGAGGAGCUGCAGACGACCAGAGAGCUUCCCCGGAAGAACCUUCCUGAACGCCUGCUGAGGGAGCGGGCCAUAUUCAAGGUCCAUAGUGACUUUGCAGCAGCUGCCACUCGGGGCGCCAUGGCCGUCAUAGACGGGAACGUAAUGGCCAUCAACCCCGGCGAGGAGACGCGCAUGCAGAUGUUCAUCUGGAACAACAUCUUCUUCAGCCUGGGCUUCGACGUGCGGGAUCACUAUCGCGAGCUGGGUGGCGACGCCGCCGCCCACGCCGCGCCCACCAACGACUUGAACGGCGUGCGGGCCUACGGGGCCGUGGACGUUGAGGGCCUGUACACCCUGGGGACGGUGGUGGUGGACUACAGAGGCUACCGCGUCACCGCCCAGUCCAUCAUCCCCGGCAUCCUGGAGCGGGAGCAGGAGCAGAGCGUCAUCUACGGCUCCAUUGACUUCGGGAAGACUGUUGUGACUCACAGCAAAUACCUGGAGCUUCUGGAAAAGACCAGCAGGCAACUCAAGGUCCACAGGCACAACGUGCUGAACGAGAAAAAUGAGGCCGUGGAGCUGUGCUCAUCCGUCGAGUGUAAGGGCAUCAUCGGAAAUGACGGCAGACACUAUAUCCUGGACCUUCUGCGUACCUUCCCUCCCGACCUCAACUUCCUGCCGGUGGAUGGAGAGGAGCUGUCUCCAGAGAGUCAACGCCAAGGCUUCCCCCGCCCGCACCCCCACCGCUUGGCUUGUCUACGCCAAGAGCUCAUCGAGGCCUUUGUCGAGCACAGAUACCUCCUCUUCAUGAAGAUGGCGGCCUUGCAGCUCAUGCAGCAGAAAGCGAACAGGGACGCCAAGGCCGGCGUGCCCGCCAUCACGGAGACCGCCCAAGCCCCCUCCGAGAGCAAUGCAGACACAACCCCGACGCAGACCGCCGCGCCCGAGUCUCCGAGUGCAACGGAGGCCUCCGCGGACAGCACGGGACCCACGGAGAGCAGCGCCUCUGCUGCCUCGCAGGCAGCGGCCGCCGGGGACAAAAGCCCCCCGAAGCCCACCAUGAACGGGGUCCUCGAACCCGCAGCCGCCGUGAAUGGGGAGUGCAAGAGCCCGCUGGAGGGUAAGGAGCUCGAGGAAAGUAUUCCCGGCUUGGCUCAAGCCAAAGAGCUGGCAGAGACCUUAGUGGCCGAAGAUGGAUCUUGUAUUGAUCCAAAAAGCCGUGAGGUUGUCCUCAACGCCUGCAAGGCAGUCGGCUCCAUCAGCAACACGUCUUUUGACAUUCGCUUCAACCCGGACAUCUUCUCCCCAGGAGUGCGUUUCCCAGACGACAGCGCAGAUGAUAUCCACAAGCAGAAGCAGCUUCUCAAAGACGCUGCGGCCUUCCUGGUGUCCUGUCAGAUCCCUUCACUGGUUAAAGACUGUUUGGACCACAGCGCUCUGCCCAUGGAUGGAGCCACGCUGACGGAGGCCUUGCGACAGAGAGGCAUUAACAUUCGCUAUCUGGGCACGGUUUUGGAGUUUGUGGACAAGACCCCGGCCAAAGCCCAGCUGGAGCACUUCUAUAGAAUAGGAAUCAGCGAGCUGAUCACCAGAUGUGCUAAACACAUCUUUAAGACCUACCUCCAGGGUGUGGAGUUGUCUGCUCUCUCUGCCGCCGUGAGCCAUUUCCUCAACUGCUUCCUGAGCUCCUUCCCUGACGCCGUCGCCCACCUGCCUCCCGACGAGCUUGUGAGUCGCCGCAAGAGCCGCAAGCGUCGCAACAGGGUCCCCGGCGGUGGCGACAACACGGCGUGGGCCAGCCUGACGCCCAACGAGCUGUGGAAGAACAUCGCCUCCGAGGCCAAGAGCUACUAUCACUUCACCCUGCAGUGUGAGAGUGUGGACCAGGUGGUGGAGAAAUACGGCUUCCAGAAAACCACUUUGCUCAGAGAGAUUUCAGUGAAAACUGGCAUCCAGAUUCUGAUGAAGGAGUAUAACUUCGACAGCCGCCACAAGCCGGCCUUCACAGAGGAGGACAUCCUGAAUAUCUUCCCUGUUGUGAAGCACGUUAACCCCAAAGCCUCAGACGCUUUCCACUUCUUCCAGAGUGGACAGGCCAAAGUGCAGCAAGGCUUUUUGAAGGAGGGCUGUGAGCUGAUCAAUGAGGCUCUAAACCUCUUUAACAAUGUGUAUGGAGCCAUGCAUGUAGAGAUCUGUGCAUGUCUCCGCCUGCUGGCACGCCUGAAUUACAUCAUGGGAGACCACGCAGAGGCCCUCAGCAACCAGCAGAAGGCUGUUCUGAUGAGCGAAAGGGUCCUCGGCAUCGAGCACCCCAACACAAUUCAAGAAUACAUGCACUUGGCUCUGUACUGCUUCGCCAACGGGCAGCUGUCGACCGCCCUGAAGCUGCUCUAUCGCGCCCGUUACCUCAUGUUGUUGGUGUCCGGGGAGGACCACCCAGAAAUGGCACUGCUCGACAGUAACAUCGGCCUGGUGCUACACGGAGUGAUGGAGUAUGAUUUAUCGCUGCGGUUCCUGGAGAAUGCUUUGGCUGUCAACACCAAGUACCACGGAGCCCGGUCCCUAAAAGUGGCCCUCAGUCAUCAUUUGGUUGCGAGGGUCUACGAGAGCAAGGCGGAGUUCCGCUCCGCGCUGCAGCAUGAGAAGGAGGGUUACACCAUUUACAAGAACCAGAUGGGCGAGGCACACGAGAAGACCAAGGAGAGCUCCGAGUUCCUGAAGUACCUAACCCAACAGGCUGUGUCUCUGCAGAGAACCAUGAAUGAGAUCUACAAGAACGGCUCCAACGCCAGCAUCACGCCCCUCAAGUUCACUGCCCCCAGCAUGGCAAGUGUGUUGGAACAGCUCAACAUUAUCAAUGGCAUCAUCUUCAUACCACUCAGCCAAAAGGAUCUGGAGAACCUGAAAGCAGAGGUUCAGAGGCGGCAGCAGCUGCAGGAGCUGGGGAAGAGCGACGAUCCCACUGAGGACAGGCCACUGGAACUAGAGGACAAAAUUCCCAUUGAUUAAUGUACAGGAGCCCCCAGCACAGCUACUUUCUGCUAUGGGGGCAUUGGGGGGGGGGGGUGGCACGGGGAGCAACAAUGCGGCCCUAAAUCAGCAUUGAAAUAAAACGGGGUGGCACAUGUCAUAGCAGACCAUACAAGAACAAACUGACACUGUAGGAUAAAGGAUGCAGAGUUCCCUACGACGUAGCGAGGGAGUGUAAACAAAGAAUCGAUGUAACGUGCAGUCUGAUAAAUCUGAACCCGGUGGCGUGAAGUCACUCAAGUUGUAAGCUGGAGAAAGAAAGAAAUUUACAUACAUUUGCACAUAAAAGGGUGGUUGCAGCCGGGAGGGGGGGGGGGGGGGGGCUGGGAGCGAGACCCAAGGAUGACCAUGACAUUGUAUGCCGGAGCCUUAUCCAUUGUAUCAUAUUCCCCCGCAAAAAAUGUUUUUUCUUUCUCCGCUCAAACUUCCCACUUAGUUAGUCCUGGACCAUAUUUUGCCCCGCCAUUCCUAAACAGCCUCAAAGACACCCCCCCUCCUACCCCUUCUACUCUCACGGUGCUGUGAAUGAUAAAGCACCUACCCUGUCCCAGAACUCAGGGGUACUUCCUACUGUGCACUAAGACCAGAAUAGAGUCACUAAAUUUCAGAUUUCCUGAGUGGAGCGUGAGAAUGUAAAUCUCGUUCUCGGUGGCUUCUUGCAGCAGACGCCCGUCACUCUCACACGUCCCGGAUGGUUCAUGGAUUCAGUCGAUCGAUCCUUUGUACUUAAGACAUCCCAGGUGGAGGCCUGCGGUGUCCUAUGGUUCCUGUUUUGUCCAAGCAAGACAAACGAUACAGUGAUUCAACUGGUUUCAUUUCAUUUGCUGGAAUUCUCUUUUUAGUAAAUGCGGUGGAGUUUGUAAAAGUCCACGGAAGCAGUAUGAAGUGUUUUAGACCUGUUUAUCAUUAAUUGAUUUAAGCCAUGUCCUGUUUUAUAGAAGAUGUAUAGUUGGGGUGGGGGGGAAGAUGUAUAAAUCUAUUGCAUUUGGACAGGUAUUUGAUUGGUGUUUAUGGAAAAUGCAGAUUUGAAACGUCCACCUUUUAAGCAGUAAAUCUAUAUACUAGCUGUGUUCAAUCUUCUAUUUUUACACAUUGACAAAAAUAUGUGCAUGAAUGUGUGUGUGUGUGUGUGUGUGUGUCUUUGUGUAGUCAAACAGAACCUAUUGGCCAGGGCUGUUGCUGCUUGUGCUGCUGCAUAGUCUGAAUCGAGGAUAAGUGAACAUUGGCUUUCCAAAUGUUUUAUUUUUCUAUGCAUUGUAAACCUGUGGGAUGGCUGAUGCCUCUUUUCUUAACCCAUCCAUGGCCACCAAUGUAGUAAACGUGUAUAAUUAUGAAUUGGAAUGGAAUUGACCCUCUUCGCACCACUGAACAGGUGCUCAUCAUUGGCAGUGGUGAUUGAUUUAUUUUUGUUUUUUUUCCAUCCUUAUGUGUGAGAGAUAAGAAAAUAGCCAGCUAUGUCUGUUCAUUGAGCAAUAUUUAGUGCACUUUCUCAUGCUGUGUGGGUGUGUGCAGACGACCACAACGCCACCAAAAGUAGACAAAACAAGCGCUGCUUUGAUGAGAUGUACCAAAAAGAAGUAGAUGAGGUUUGUUUGCGCUUGUAUACAUGCAACGUGUCCCUCCCAUGGCAAUUUGUUACUUAAUUGUUGCCAGGUCUAAAUGUCUGUGAUUAAAGCUACAGAGACGGUGCUGUAAUUUUUACUUUGCACAAGGUGUGUAAGAUUGCGUGCUCACUGUACGAGCUUGAUAACCUGAAAAUAAGGGCGCUGUAUAAAAACAAAACAAAGAGUGAUCUUUAGACUGGACGAUUAUUUUUUAUUAUUCCAGAAAUGUUCCUGAUUGUGCUCCUUAGACAUAAGGUUAUUAGCACGGAAGGGUUGGUAUUGUGCCUAAUUAUUAAUAAUUCUGAAUGUUUAACUAGGGUAAAGUAAAUAACUUCUUGAGGCCCUGCUACACUACCAACAUUAUCCACCAGGUAGCGUACAAACACUUAGUGAAGGUCCUGUAUAGACUUCACUGAGUUAUUGCAGUACUGGUCUGCAGAUGUACUCAAAUGCUUCUGGUAACUGACAAAAUACAGUAACGGAAUCUUGUAUCCCCCCCCCUCAGAUUAAGGAAAUGGCCCAAAAUGACCAACACCGGUUUAUGUGAUGCAUUUUCUGAACAAGUUAAUCUCAUCAGCUGAAAGUCCAGUGUUUGGAAAUUGAGAGAAUGAUCAAACUGUUGAUCUGCAAAGAUGCGACGUCUCUUUGCUCAAGAUGCUUUGACUUAGUUGGCCGCACUAAUGCCACUCCCUUAACGUUCAAUGUUAAUAUUUCUGUUUUGAAUAGAGUAGCUGUUUAAUGUCUGUUAUUAAAUGUGAUUAAGAAGUUGGCAUCAGAACUGGAAAACAAAAAGCAAAUAUGUGGAACAAUAGUGUAUUUUUAAAUACAUUAUUUGCAUAUAUCAUUUACAGAGUCCUUUUGUCAUUGGAAUGUCUGAAAUACAAAACAAGUGUGGGAUAUGUAUAUCACCUGAACUUAUUACUUCAAUUUCAAGACAUAAAUACCCGUACUAAAAUAACUAUUAAAGGUCUGGGUGGGAGAGUAAUGUCUUCCCAAAAUGUGCGCUUUGCUACCCAGUGUUUUUAAGUAUUUAAUGUCGGGAAAAGUUUUGUGCUUUCUUGCUGAUGAAAUUUCUUCUGGUCAAAGGCUUUGUAGGCCCAGUGGUUGAUUCCACUUCUUCUGAUGUGUGGUGUUUGUGUUAUUUACAAAAUAAUCAUAUUUUGGUUUGAGUAUGCUUUUAUAUUACAAUGAAUAAAAUAAAACCAUAGUAAAAUUGUU